GUAAAACCGGAAAAGUAUUGGCUCCUUUCUGAGCAAAACGCAAAAGUUUUGACUUUUCACCAGCGAAACCGGAAAAGUAUUGAAUUUUUCCGAGCAAAAAACGCGAAAGUUUUGACCUAUCCAUGGAAGGAGUAUGAUCGGUCAAUAAUUUUCCUGUUACCCUCUGUAGUACAAAGUAUAGUUACUCAAUGCUGUAACCCAACAAAUUUUCUGCACUCUUCUUUCAACGUGACAGCGAGCUCUAUAUUUGAAUUAACAGUUGCUCAGAUGGAUAAUAUUGAAUUCACCGAACAUAAUGCAACAAGAUAAAAUAAUUAAAUCUAUACAGUCAACCUUCAAGUUAUCCGGACUCAGCAUAUCGAGGGAAUGCUGCGCUCGGUUUGUCAGUCACUUACGCACCAUUGAUGAGGAGCUUCACAAUGAUUCGAUUAGGAGAAUCACGGAAAGUCUGCUAUCGCAGAACUUAAUUGAACCAUUGGUUACAUUGGAUCACUUAGAAAUUGCUAUAACGGAAUGCGCACUGCCGCGUAGCAAUUUUGAAGAGACUGAAACAGUGCUCAAUGUGUUAAAUGUCUCGAGUUUCCCAAAGAUCAGUUACGACUUACAAAACAAAAAAUUUAUUGUGGAUAAACCAAACUAUGAUCUAUUUUCGGAUUCAGUCAAUAAGUCUAAAUUAUUCAAGGAGAGACUUGAGCUAAUAUGGUACAGGACUUUAAAAAACGAACAUUUUGCUCCUCUUGAAUUUGGGCUGGUAAAUUCAAACCAUGUAGAACUGCGCCGUAUAGAGUAUUUACUAGGCUCCUCUAAAGUUCAAGGUGUUUACGUAAUGGGAGUUUUGACUCAGCUAACAGAUGGACACUUUUACCUGGAAGAUGUCACCGGAGUUGUGAAGAUCGACUUGAGCAAAGCAAAGUAUCAAGCAGGCCUGAUUACAGAAGGUUGUAUAGUCUUGGCAACAGGAGACUAUGAUCAAGAUGUUCUCGAUGUGAAGGCUCUAAGUUUUCCUCCAUCGGAGCCAUCUGAUCAGAGCCGGACGUAUUUUGGAAAAUCAAAUACUUUUGGCGGUCCACACCCGGUAUCGUUAAAGAUUUCCGAAAAACUAAAAAGUUUUGAGGAGGCAGGUCUUGACGAGACGAUCAUCUUCAUAUCGGAAUUAUGGGUCGAUGAUCAGAUUGUUUUAGAAAAAUUUAAAACAAUGAUUCAUGGGUACGCCAUUAGUCCUCCAAGAGCAUUCAUAAUAUGUGGAAAUUUUUUGAGUUUUCCUCCAAACAUUACGAGCACGCGAAAACUCGAAGAGGGUUUCAAGAACCUGGCAGAGAUUGUAUCUCGAUAUCCUGAAAUAGCUCAACAUAGUAAAUUUGUAUUAGUUCCCGGACCCGAUGAUCCUGGGUCACCAAAAAUACUUCCUAGAGCACCAUUGCCCUCUCAUGUGAUCCGAGAUUUUAUGAAAGAAGUUCCCGAUGUUAUUCUUGCGACAAAUCCUUGUAGGAUUCAAUAUUGCACUAAAGAAAUAAUCGUUUUUAGAGAAAAUAUUCUCACAAAGGUCUGCAGGAACACGUUGUACUUUAACAAUGACAAUGAUAUUCCUAACCAGUAUGCAAGGUCCAUAAUAUCUCAGUCUCACUUGACUCCGAUGAACCUUAUAGCUGUUCCUAUUUACUGGAACCAAGAUCACGCACUACAACUUUAUCCAACUCCAGAUCUGGUGGUCGUAGCCGAUCAAUACAAGCCUUACUCUACAAAAUUCAACGAUUGCCAUGUGAUAAAUCCUGGAGUUUUUUCCAAAAACGAUUUUCCCUUUAUGAAUUACUAUCCGGCUGAUAAUAAGAUCGAAGAGUCCUCAAUAGGGAAAGGUGAAGAUACGUCCUAGCUUCAAGAUAUGAUGUCACUUGGCUCGAGGAUGCUUCUCCGCAUUAUCUUCAUUUUCGAAGAUUGAUAAUCAUAAGCAUUAUCUGAUUAUGCAACAAUUUUAUACAAUAAGAUUUAUUCAAUUAUUAUUUUAUAUUCACUUCUUGGUAUAAUAAAUUCUUAUCCUCGACUUUUUACAAUA